UGACAGAGGAGGAACACAGGAAAGGGGUUGCGUGUUGCAAGACAGACAACAUUGAGACAAAACUAGCUAGCUAUGUUGUGAUUGCGCUUUUAUAAGUACAGUUCGUGGUUAAAGUCGUUUUUGUUCAAUAUGAAGAUGUUUAAUUGAGAGUUUUUCGGGAAUCAUACUUGUUCGAACACUUCAAAAAUGACAAGUAGCAGAAAAAGUGCGAAAAAUGUAGGUAGCUAAGCAGUUUACUCUCAACUAGACUUUUACAAAAACAAAUGUUCCAGCUAACUUUUUUGGGAAAGUUACCAACUUGCUUUCUUAUGUCACAUUUAUAUACUUGAGCAAGCCAACGAAAGUACUUUCCGGUAACUUGAGUUUUAUUCAAGACUACUUUGUAUUUUUGGCAAGUUUUUCAACUGGAAGAGUUUCACUGUGGCAAUCAACAUCAUGUCGACAGCAUCAUCAGCAACCAAUUCAACCCAACAGCAGCAAAAGAGGGUCAAGCGCAGCGGUGACGGCUCUCCAACCAUCUCUCCAGCCGGCUGCAGCAAUUGCAACACCACCACGAUCCGGCUGCAGCCUAUUCGUGCCACUGUGCCGUACCAGCUCUUGCGUGGAAGUCAACACAGCCCAACCCGCUCCUGCUCCUCUUCAUUCACAAUCGCGAGCAAUACAGGACCGACAUCGACGUCCGGUUGCAACAGUCCUGGCAGUCCGACGCAGCUGCUACUCGCGAAUCCGGGUGGAAACGGCUCGGUGGAGGGCAGGCUGGUCGCAAGGCAAAGACGAUCGCCGCCGGACAGCAAGGGCUCACCCGAGCAGUGUCCCAACUCGCCUGUUUUCAAAGUAGAGCGGUCCAAACCCCAGCAGCAGGUGCGUAACUCAGGAGCCAUCCGGCGGACUUCCUCCCUGGGUACCAUCACCGGCCCCUAUCUCACUGGCCAGUGGCCUCGCGACCACCAUGUGCACUACCCCUCAUGCAUGAAAGACAAAUCCACUCAGACACCUGGAUGUUGGAGUGAAGAAGCAGGAGAGAGGAGGGGCACACACCAGCGCUCUGCUUCUUGGGGCAGCGCAGACCAGCUCAAAGAGCAGAUAGCCAAGCUCCGGCAGCAGCUGCGUGGCAGUAGUAAGCAGCAGCAGGGAGGUCGUCCGUCUCUGUGUCAAAGAGACAAAGACGGCUCAUCUCCUUUACAGGGACCUAUCAUCAACACCACAUCCGACCAAGCACAGUGGUCCUGCAUGUCUAAGUCGUCCCCGAUGUCCAACAUGACGGUGCCCAAGUCCUCCAUCACCAGAGUACCCAGCAGCAUGGAGGGAAUCAACCACGAGCUGGAGAAGGUCUUCAUCAGAGACAACAACGGAGAGAAGGAGGAGCUCAAGGUGUUGGAGGUACCAGACGGGCGGCGAGCCCCCUUCCCCCCCCAGCAGCGCAGCAGCAGUACCCGUAGCGUGGACACACAGAACCCCUCUGCCCCCGGCCGCUCCAGCAGUAGUUCCAGCCUGUCCCCCUGUCCCUCUCCUGCCUGCCCCCCGGGGUCCGGCUCACACGGGGGCAGCCCUUACUCCACCGACGAUCUGCUCUACGACAGGGAUAAAGACAGUGGCAGUAGCUCUCCCCUGCCAAAGUUUGCCUCGUCUCCUAAACCCAACAACAGCUAUAUGUUCAAGAGAGAACCCCCAGAGGGCUGUGAGAAGAUCAAGGUGUUUGAGGAAAUGAGCUCCAGGCAGUCAGCGUCCGUCCCGCUCUUCUCCUGCCCCGACAAGAACAAGGUCAACUUCAUCUCCACCGGCUCCGCCUUCUGCCCUGUCAGACUGACCCCCGGCGCCCUGCACCUCUCUGUGACCUCUCACCCCGACGACGACCCCGAGGCCGGCCCCAGCUCAAUGAUAUCAGCAUUCUGCCGCGUCCUCCCCACUCAGGUCCACACCUCCACCAGCACAGACGACGCUCCCACCCCCGAGGAGGCUGCCACUCCAACGCCCACCUCGCCUCAAGAGACUGACCCCCAGACAGACUGCCUGGCCAUCAGCUAGACAUGGGCAGAGCUGGCCUCUGACACGUGGUUCUGGUUCUUCUUCUUCUGAAUAAUAUGAUUAUUACGCCCCCAGUAUCAUCAGCAUCACUGAAGUCCUGUCUCUUUUGCUAAAGGACCUCCUCUUCUCUCAGUCUCUGCUGAACUCUAAACACUCUGCAUGGCGUAGCAUUAGCAACAUGUCCCAGGCAACAACAACAACAAACGGAGAAAACAAAGACAAGUCUACCACAUGUUCCUAGCGUAUUCCUAAGGCACUGUUCCUGUCAGGGAUAGCCAUGAUGAUCUUUAACAGCAUGUAAAAAGUAGAGAUGCUGGAUGAUGUCAUUGGGUGGAUGGGAUGAAGAUGAGACACUUUGGAUGGGGGGGGCAUGUAUUUUAAACCAGUAGUGUGUUUAAGAUUAAAGACAUGCUCCUGUACUUUGGAGACUAAGAAAGUCAUUUUUUUAA